GUCCUACAAUUUCUCAGCUACAGGUCAGAAAUUUAGACGGGCUUCCGUUGGUCAAUGCUACGUAUCAACCGCUUUCCUCAGAUCCUGUCCAGGCGAACUUAUUCUUACUCCAUGACUACUAAUGGCGCGGCAUCUCCAGGCCCCGUGGAGAAAACGAUACGAGAAAAGUUAACCAGUUUACUCCAGCCUUCCCAGCUCACAGUCACCAAUGAUUCGUGGCAGCAUCGCCAUCAUGCUCCUAUGGUAGCUCAAGGUGGAGGCAAUGGCGAAUCCCAUUUUUCUGUUGAGGUUAUCUCAGAAGCAUUCAAGGGAAAGAGCACAAUGCAACGUCAUCGCAUGAUAUAUUCCGCUCUGUCCGAUGAACUUGCUCAAGGUUUACAUGCACUCUCCUUGAGAACCAAAACUCUCGAGGAAAUUCAGAACCAGAACUCUGUUUAAGCUGCGGAAGACUAGUUUCUCUGACGGUGCUGGGAUGAAGACCUUGGGCUGUAAGUGUUAUUUGCGGAAUCGCGAAGCUUUGGCGCCUGGGAUUUAGAUUCACAAUGGGAAUUUGAUGUAGUUGUGACCAACUGUCUGCAGGUGUUUCUUGCCAGCGUCGCAGCUAGGGUUGGAUCAGCAACGGGGAGUAGUCAUUGCAUACAGAUUCACAGCAUGGAAUUAAUAUUGGAUAUUU